GAGCGCUUUACGGCGCGAUGAGGGACAACACUGCAGUUUUCCUGCUUUCUACUGUCUGAAUGUGUCUUUCUCAGGAUGGAUCCUGUGGUUCUGAGCUACCAGGACAGCCUGCUGCGGCGCUCUGACGUCUCCCUCCUGGAAGGACCUUUCUGGCUCAAUGACCAAGUCAUUGGAUUUGCCUUUGAAUAUUUCGCCGCUGAGCGCUUCAGAGUCCUGGGCAGUGCCAUCGUCUUCAUCAGCCCAGAGGUCACCCAGUUCAUCAAGUGUGUCUCCUCUCCGGAUGAGCUGGCCCUCUUCCUGGAGCCCCUGGAUCUGGCUUCUCGUCGAUGGGUCUUCCUGGCCGUUAACGACAACUCCAGCCAGACGGCCGGAGGCUCGCACUGGAGCCUCUUGCUCUACCACCACAACUCCAACCACUUUGCGCACUACGACUCUCAAAAUGGCAGCAAUUCGCUGCACGCACGGCGCAUCGCCAGCAAGUUAGAGCCUUUCCUGGGUGCGGGGAGGAAAGCGCUGUUUGUGGAGGAGCCCUGCCCGUCACAGCAGAACAGCUAUGACUGCGGCAUGUACGUCGUCUGCAUCGCCGAGGCCUUGUGUGAGAAGACCAGAGUGGAGGGCUCACCGCGCCUUCCCGUGCCAAUCAUUACCCCAACCUACAUCACACAGAAAAGGGCUGAGUGGUGCAGACUGAUCCAGAGUCUGGCUGAGAACGACCUCUGCUGCUCCCGGUCCUUCCCUUAGCACAAGAGCAACCGUCAGCCCCACAUAUCUACUGCUGGAGAAUCUGAAUGCACUCCUUGUACACACUAAAUAAAUACACAUGAAGUUUAUCUCUAUUACAGUCUCUAUCAUACUCCAUAAUAGUAUUUAAAAAAGAAAUAAAGCAAUGAUAGGAACCUAUGAUGCUUCUGAGAAGAGUUGGUGUCAUGUUUAUCUCUUGUUUAUGCACAAAAAGUAUGUAAAGAGGAACACCAGCAUGCCUACAAAACCCACAUACGUGCUCAGUGAGAAUGGAAAGUACGUCAUGUGGAAAAGGAAGAACUGACUUUUCUUCUUUUGUCCAUUUUACUAGUUUGGAGCAAAUUUUGAAAUGUUUACACAGAUUAUUGCUCAGGGUCAUUUUUAAUGAAUUGACAAUAAGAAUGUGCACAUUAACCCUUAAAUGGGCUCCUACUUUUAUUUCUCACCAGUUCUGGUCUUUUGUUUUGUUUCUUUUGAAAAGCUGUUUUAUCUACAAGUACUUUAGUUUCGCAACAGAAGAGUUUUGUGGUGAGAGGAUGAGCGCCGCAUGCUUCUGGGACAAAAGGCGACGUUGAAUGCUGGAAUGUAUGUUAUGUUCUUGCAGAUGUGUCAGAGUCAAUGAUGAUCAAAUAAAUGUGGCUGUUGUCACACGUUUAUGGAGUAAAAAAAGAAAAUCGUUUGGGGGGUUUUUC